AUGCCUCAAAUCUUCCUAACCGGUGCCACUGGCUACAUUGGUGGCGAAAUCCUCCACACCCUGCAACAAACGCACCCUGAUUACAAUGUCUCUGUUUUGAUCAGAGAUCAGGAAAAGGCCAACAAGGUCACCAAUGCAUUCCCCAAGGUCCGCGUUGUCCUUGCAGAUUUGGACGAUGUCGAAAUUAUCGAAGAAGAAUCACGGAACGCCAACGUGGUCAUUCGUGAGUCAAUGUACACUUUCAAUUACCAAAUUUUCUCUAAUUCCAACUGCACAGAUGCUGCUAGCAACAAACACAUCGCAAGUGUGAAGGCAAUUGCAAAGGGCCUGGAAGGACGCCCGGAUGGGCAUUAUAUCCAAGUGACCGGUGCCAGUGUUCUUGCGGGUCCUGAAGUCGACAGUAACUCAUACGGUGAGCCCUCAGAUAAGAUCUAUGAUGACUUAGACAACGUUGGAGAUCUCCAAAACAUUAUCCGAGCCUACAAGGACCGUCGUGUUGUAGACAACUUUAUCCUCGACCUUGGAUCAAGUGGCCCCAAGACCGCUAUUAUCUUCCCUCCCAUCAUCUUCGGCGCUGGAAACGGCCCUGUGAACCAACGCAGUAUCCAGAUCCCAUCAUUGGCCAAAUCAGCGCUCCAGCAGCACGCUGGUCUAUAUCUUAACAAGGGACUCAGCCGAUGGGGCGUCAUCCAUGUUUCUGACCUGGCCAGCCUCUUUGUCAAGUUGGCUGAGCAUGCCAUCGAAGCUACCCCGAUCCCCAUUUGGAAUGAGAAUGGUCUUUUCUUUGCUGAGAAUGGUUUCGAGAGCUUCAAAGAUAUCGCUGGGCUUAUCGCCAAGGAGGCCCACAGCCUGGGAUACAUUAAGUCUCCCGAUUCAGUGAAAUCAAUCAACCUCGAGGAGGCCAAUGCAGUCAUCCCUGGUGGUGUUGUGUUCUUGGGCACCAAUGGCCAAGGACGGGCUUUGCGGGCCAGAGAGUUGGUGGGCUGGCAACCGAAGGGAGUGCCAUUCCCCGAGGCAGUGCGCGAAACCAUUGCUUCCGAGGCGGCACGCCUCUAA